AUGGCUUCAACAGACGGUAAAAACAAACCAAACGACACCGUUUCAAACACAUUGCCGGAGACAGCAGAAUCAGCACACUUUGAUCAGCCGGAGAUAACCCUAUCCGAAUCCUCCGCCAAAGCAGAAGCAACGGUUGAAAACGCAGAAACGAAACCAAAUCUCAUCGUUUUACGACAAAAACUAGCUUCUGCUAAAAGGAUUCUCAGCCGUCGGUUGCCCAAGUCCUUUCAUGGCGAUCGGACCACAAGAUUGUGUUUUUCUGCGGCGCCGCCUCCUCUGUUGCCCGGACCGAGAGGACUGGUGCUGACAACAAUGGCGAUUGCUAUGUCGAGUUGGAGUUUCGCUGCUUAUGCUGCGAACGACGUUGUUUCGUUCGCCUAUGCUCCUAAGGUCAUAGGUUCUUUAAUCUUGACCUCUAUUAGAAACUACAGACUCUAUAUCAUCUUUCUCUUCGUCGCGUUAGCUCUCUUUGCGUACAUAUUUGCAUUCUCCUUCCAAACCAUUCGACACAGAAUGUCUCAAAACAACGUCGUUUUGAUCGACUUAUUGAGAAAUUGCCCCGAGACUUUGGCGUUGGCAUCAUUCACGUUUGCCGCUGCUUUGUUACUUGGUGUCCUUACCUGCUACAAUUUGUACUUUGUUGCAUUAAAUCAGACAGCGUAUGAGAAUUUUCAUCAGUAUUAUGCGUCGUCACAAAAUCCAUAUGAUAAAGGAUUUCUGAGUAAUUUUUUGGAAGUAUUGUGUUGGUCAACGCCACCUCCUAAGGUUGACUUCCGAGGAGAGUUAAGGAAUGUAAUCAAUUUGGAAUCAAUCACAUUGAUUGUGUGA